AUGGCAUCACAGUCACAAAGGCAAAGCAAUCAGCAGCUCCAUAAUCAAGCUCAGUCUUCAGGUACUAGUAACAUGAGGCAACGCUAUCACAACACAGAAUCAGUAAGCAAAGCAAUUGCACAAUACACAGUUGAUGCACAACUUCAUGCAGUUUUUGAACAAUCUGGUGGGUCUGGUAAGUCAUUUGAUUACUCGCAGUCAAUUAGAACUACUAAUCAGUCAGUACCUGAAGAACAAAUCACUGCUUAUUUGUCAAAAAUUCAAAGGGGUGGUCAUAUUCAGCCAUUUGGAUGUAUGAUUGCUGUAGACGAAGGGUCCUUUAGGGUCAUUGCGUACAGCGAAAACGCCAAAGAAAUGCUUGGUUUAACUCCUCAAUCUGUCCCUUCUUUAGAGAAACAAGAAAUUCUCUCUGUUGGGACCGAUGUGAGGACUCUUUUUAGGCCUUCCAGCGCCGUUAUGCUUGAAAAAGCAUUUGGUGCGAGGGAAAUAACAUUGUUGAAUCCAAUUUGGAUUCAUUCCAAGAUCUCUGGAAAGCCCUUUUAUGCGAUUUUGCAUAGGAUUGAUGUUGGUAUUGUUAUUGAUUUAGAGCCUGCUAGGACUGAAGACCCUGCUUUAUCUAUAGCAGGGGCUGUUCAGUCUCAGAAGUUAGCAGUUCGUGCGAUUUCACAAUUACAAUCACUUCCUGGUGGGGAUAUUAAGUUAUUGUGUGAUACUGUCGUGGAGAGUGUGAGAGAGCUUACCGGGUAUGAUAGAGUUAUGGUUUAUAAGUUUCAUGAGGAUGAGCAUGGUGAGGUUGUGGCUGAGAAUAAAAGGGCUGAUUUGGAACCUUAUAUUGGUUUGCAUUAUCCUUCUACGGAUAUACCGCAAGCUUCCAGGUUUUUGUUCAAGCAGAAUAGGGUUAGGAUGAUUGUCGAUUGCCAUGCUACACCAAUCCGUGUAAUCCAGGAUGAGGGGCUCAUGCAGCCUUUAUGCUUGGUUGGUUCGACUCUUCGUGCUCCUCAUGGUUGUCAUGCUCAGUAUAUGGCGAAUAUGGGGUCGAAUGCUUCCUUGGCUAUGGCUGUUAUUAUUAAUGGAAAUGAUGAAGAAGCUAUUGGUGGGAGGAAUUCGAUGAGGCUUUGGGGUUUGGUUGUUUGCCAUCACACUUCUGCUAGGUGCAUUCCAUUUCCGCUUCGUUAUGCUUGUGAGUUCUUAAUGCAGGCUUUCGGACUUCAAUUGAACAUGGAAUUGCAGUUGGCAUCGCAGUUGUCGGAGAAACAUGUCUUGAGGACUCAGACUCUCUUGUGUGAUAUGCUUCUCCGCGACUCGCCUGCUGGCAUUAUUACUCAAAGUCCAAGUAUCAUGGACCUUGUGAAGUGUGAUGGGGCAGCUCUUUACUACCAAGGGCAGUAUUACCCAUUAGGCGUGACCCCAACCGAAGCCCAAAUAAAAGAUAUUGUGGAGUGGUUGUUGGCCCUUCAUGGAGACUCAACUGGUUUAAGCACAGACAGUUUGGCUGAUGCUGGGUAUCCUGGGGCAGCCUCACUUGGUGAUGCAGUUUGUGGGAUGGCUGUUGCUUACAUUACUAAGAGAGAUUUUCUUUUCUGGUUUCGGUCUCACACUGCGAAGGAGAUCAAAUGGGGUGGUGCGAAGCAUCACCCAGAGGACAAAGAUGAUGGGCAGAGGAUGAAUCCACGUUCUUCAUUCAAGGCAUUCUUAGAGGUGGUGAAGAGCCGGAGUUUACCAUGGGAGAAUGCAGAAAUGGAUGCCAUUCAUUCUUUGCAGCUUAUUUUGCGAGACUCAUUUAGGGAUGCUGAAGCAACCAAUUCUAAGGCUGUUGUACGCACCCAGCUUGAGGACAUGGAAUUGCAAGGGAUGGAUGAGCUCAGUUCGGUUGCAAGAGAAAUGGUGAGACUAAUAGAGACUGCAACUGCUCCAAUAUUCGCUGUAGAUGUUGAUGGCCACAUAAACGGGUGGAAUGCUAAGGUUGCUGAGUUGACUGGGCUCUCAGUUGAGGAAGCCAUGGGGAAGUCUUUGGUUCAUGAUCUUGUUUAUAAGGAAUAUGAAAACACUGUUGACAAGCUUCUUCGUCGUGCUUUAAGAGGUGAAGAAGAUAAGAACGUGGAGAUAAAAUUGAGGACCUUUGGCUCUGAACACCAAAAGAAGGCUGUUUUUGUGGUGGUAAAUGCUUGUUCUAGCAAGGAUUACAUGAAUAAUAUAGUUGGGGUUUGCUUUGUUGGUCAGGAUGUUACAGGUCAAAAAGUGGUAAUGGACAAAUAUGUCCAUAUACAAGGUGAUUAUAAAGCUAUUGUGCACAGCCCCAAUCCUCUGAUCCCUCCAAUAUUUGCUUCAGAUGAAAACACUUGUUGCUUGGAAUGGAACACUGCCAUGGAAAAACUCACAGGGUGGUCCCGGGGGAAGUUAUUGGAAAGAUGUUGGUUGGAGAGGUUUUUGGCAAUUGCUGUCGGCUCAAGGGUCCAGAUGCGCUGA